AUGUAUGGUAACAGCCUUGGAAGUUCUUGGCCUGGUGGCCUUGAUAUUUCUGGUGUCAGCCUGGGUGACUCGUGGGCCAGCCGUAGUUUGCAAGCUGCUCUGACCAGAGCAAGGGGACAGGCUGUGUUUCAACAAAGGCAAUCUGCGGCGAGAGAACAGCGCCUCUUGCAAGAAACUCAAAAUUUGGAUGGUUUGUCCAGAACAAUGGUUCAGGAAAGGCGCAGCGCUGGCUCGUUGUCAAAUGGUGCUUCCCUGCCUGGGACCAUAACUGCUGGAAAGGUCCGACAAAUGUUCGACGAACGAAGAAGAGUUGCUACUGGAAUAGAUAAAAGUUUUCCACUACAACCCCUAAAGGCCAGACCGACCCCACCUGCGAAAGCGGAAUACACGUAUAAGCUACCACAAAAAUCUACAAGUUCUACUCGGCUGCGAACACAGCAACAAACUACAAAUCCAAUUACCAGUAAAACAUCUACGAAGGUUUUGAGGCAGACAAUUGCAACAAACGGUUAUGCCGACAGAAGAAACGGAUACAAUGCUAAACUCAACAAAAGCUACGAUGAACUA